AUGCAAGGAGAUGUGUCACCUAAGACUACCUAUCUGUCCAUUUAUGAAGUCAGUCCAGAAGGAAAAUUUAUCAGCCUGAAAAAUACAUCCAGUGGGACCAACAGAAGGGAAAUCAACAUGGAUAGCUGGAAGCUGAAGAGAACAGUUGAUGGCAAGAGAGAUUACAUAUACACAUUUAGAAACUUUACUCUUAAACCCGGCAAGGUUGUCAAGAUCUACUCUCGAGGUUCUGCUGCCGAUGCCAGAGUUAAUGAUUUAGUGUAUAGAGAUGACGACAGCUGGGGCGUGGGGUCACAGGUCACAACUGUCCUCCUAAACGACAGCAACGAGGAGAAGGCCACACACACACAAAAGACACUCUACAACUAGGCGAAUUUACCAAAAUGAUAGUGAUUCAACUACUGCAAUGUUAUUCAACGGCUUUCUGCUUUGUAAUUUUUAAAACGUUUCUACGUCCAAAUAUUUUAAUGUAUCUGUUACGUAAUUGUACAGUGCGCGCUUUAGCUGUUUAAGUAAUGGGGAUUCAUUUUUGUUAAAGUGGUUGUGAUUGUAGCGUAAGAUAGUUGUCUUCCAGGGACAAAAAACUACUUAUUUAUUCCAGCCUUUGUAUUUAAAUUUUUAAUUUUUUAUACGAGACCAGUGAAGAAUGCGUUAUACAUGUUUUUAUGAUAUUAAAUAAUAGUAUUUAUGUUUUAUCCCCAUGUUAAACUGAAGGUGUCUUUCCAUUGCCUUGUUUUCUUACCAUAGUGAGGUUAGUUUAGAAGGCUUUUUCUUUUCGAACUUUGGAGGGACAUGAGCACUAAAGGACCUGUGAAAUCUUCGCGCAGUAUUGUAUAUAUAUGAAACAUAUUCUUUCUCCGUGUCACUGCUUGUAAAACAAUAUAACACAAACUUAGGUCCUCUGCAGCCUGUUACUUGCCGAUUUCUUCAGAAAUAAAGUGUGUUUCAACGAU